AUGGCUCCAUCGAAACCGGGUGGGAAGCGCCAUAAGCUGCAUCAAUGGCUGUCCUCCCAUGGUUCCACUUCCAGCAGUAGCCAAACUCUACUGCCGUCCACACCUGUGACCCCGCAGUCUACGACAUCGACUACGUUGACCACGGCGGCGCACGAUUUCCACAAUAGAGUGUUUUCCUUUCUCUCCCAGCAGGAUCGAGAUACUAUCCGACAACAUAGUGUGACGAACGCGAUUCACGUCGAUGAAAUCGUUCAGCAGACCCUUACGGUAGCAAGACAGACGCAGACGAUAUGUCAAUCGAAAAGAUGGGCCGUUGCUUUCCGCGGCCGUACGGUUGUCCUGCGAGAGAAGGCGGAUAAUAUUGUAGAAUGGUUAGAUCGGUUCAAGCAAGUCGGAGAUAUUGUCUCCAAUGUCGACCCGGUGCACGUCGGACUUCCGUGGGCGGGCAUUCGUCUUCUUCUUGAGGCAGCCGUCUCCGAACAUGGUCAAAUGGAAGCUCUCGUCCUCGGCCUCGAAAUGACUCUGUACCUGUCAAAGCGACUCGAAGUGUACAUGACUUAUCUCACUGCGAUUCCCCCCGGUCAGGCACGCGCGAAUUUCGAAUCUUGCUUAGUUGAGUUUCACGCCUUAGUAUUGAGAUUCUUAGCAAGGGCGAUCCGGAUCUAUCAAAAAGGUAGCUUUGCUCGGGGGUUUGACGCAUUCUUGCGGGUGGAAGAUGUGUCCACCUUUGAGGAUGAGUGCAACAAGUUGGCUAAUCGAGCAGAGACGGAGGCGCGCAACUGUGAUCGGCAAAACCUGGGCAUGAUUCAGAAACAAUUGGAAGACCUGCGUAUCAUCCACAGUAGUGUCCAGCAACUACAGGCUAAAGUCGACCUCAGUAAACUCCCGGUCGCUACGGGUGCGGCGUUCAAUUCUUAUCAGGACGAACUCGAUGCUCGAUGCCAUCCAGAUACGCGUGUCGAUAUACUAAGGGGCAUCUACACCUGGGCCGAUGAUAUCAACGCCGAAACGAUUUUUUGGAUCAACGGUAUGGCCGGCACGGGCAAAUCGACGAUAUCUCGAACGGUGGCACAAACCUUUUCCGGUCGGGGUCAGCUGGGGGCCAGUUUCUUCUUCAAGCGAGGAGAGCCUGAUCGGGAGAAUGCUAGGCUUUUCUACCCCACCAUUGCUCACGAACUUGUCUGUCAGAUCCCAGGAUUAAGCCCUUUUGUCCAGAAAGCGGUCGAAGACGAUCCCCGCAUUGCGGAUCGGGCGCUGAAGGAACAGUUCGAGAAGCUAGUCUUUCAGCCUUUGACUCAUAUUAGCCCCAUCCAGACAGCGUUUGUCCUAGUGAUCGACGCCCUCGAUGAAUGUAGCCGGGAAGGAGAUAUACGCAUCAUCAUCUCUCAACUAGCUCGCACGCGUGAGCUGAACACGAUUCGCUUUCGUGUCUUCCUCACCAGCCGGCCCGAGCUUUCAAUUCGGCUCGGCUUUGCGCGAAUCAACACCAGCACGCAUCGAGACAUUGUUCUGCAAGAUAUUCCGCCCGCGACGAUUGAGCACGACGUUUCCGUCUACCUGAGAGACGAGUUUGCCCGCAUUCGAGGUGACCAUGGAAUUGAUCUACCGUCUAGUCAGUUCUUCGCUCCAGAUUGGCCAGGCACGCAGGCGUUGAAUACUUUGACUCAAUUGGCGGUGCCUCUUUUCAUCGUCGCAGCGACGAUCUGCCGAUUUGUCGGUGAAUUGAAAGGUAGUCCCAAUCCACUGAAACGGCUCUCUCAAAUUCUCAAUCAACCUAUCGGACAGAAGCCACAGCUAGAACUCACGUACCUCCCCAUAAUCAGUCAGAUACUAGUGGGAGACGAGGAUGCCAAAGAGAAGGAAGAGCGCUGGGACGAUUUUCGUCGGAUUAUCGGCUCGAUCGUCCUGCUUGCUGAUCCCUUAUCCGCUACAUCAUUGGCCAGAUUGCUCGACGUGCAGAUGAUGGAAGUUGACUGCCAGUUACGCUCUCUCCACUCCGUUCUCUGGAUUCGCGAUUAUGACGCCCCAAUUCACCUACUUCAUCUCUCCUUUCGAGAAUUCUUGACGAAGAAAGUUCCCUCGGAUACUGGCCGACCAUUUCAGAUUGACGAAUGCGACUCACACGGAUAUUUAGCCGACAAGUGCCUUGCGCUGCUCAAGAGUUCAACUGGCUUACGGAAGGAUAUCUGUCAGUUGGGCGAUCCUGGAUCGCUUCGGACAGAGAUUGAUGCUGCACUCAUCAAACGCUGUAUUCCCCAGCAUCUCCAAUACGCAUGCCGCUAUUGGGUCUAUCACGCUAAGCAGAGUGGACACAGAAUUCGUGACAAGGGCGACAUUGAUCGAUUUCUCCAACAGCAUUUUUUCCACUGGCUCGAAUGCUUGAGUCUCCUCGGUAGAAUCUCGGACAGUAUCAGGUUGAUUGACACAUUACAAUCACUCGUGGCCGAAAAUAAUAGCGAAAUAUCUGCCUUCCUCGAGGAUGCGCGACGAUUCGUGCUCACCUUCCACUUUAUUCUCUCGCACGCGCCGCUACAAGUGUACGGAAGUGGUUGGCAUUUCAGCCCUUUACAAAGCAGAGUUCGAUCCUUUUGCAAAGAGCAAAGACUAGAAAACAUCGAAGUACGGGGCGGGCUGCCAGAGCAAUGGAGUGCAUGCCUACAGACGCUCGAGGGGCACUCUAGCUGGGUCAAUAACGUGGUGUUCUCGCCCGAUGGGUCGCGUGUGGCGUCGGGCUCCUACGACAAGACCGUACGAGUGUGGGAUGUACAGACGGGCGAGUGCCAACGUACGCUCGAGGGGCACUCCCGCUCGGUCAAUAACGUGGUGUUCUCGCCCGAUGGGUCGCGCGUGGCGUCAGGCUCCGACGACGAGACCACGGGCGAGUGCCAAUGUACGCUCAAGGGGCACUCUGGCUGGGUUAGAGACGUGGUGUUCUCGCCCGAUGGGUCGCGCGUGGCGUCAGGCUCUGACGACGAGACCGUACGAGUGUGGGAUGUACAGACGGGCGAGUGCCAACGUACGCUCGAGGGGCACUCUAGCCUAGUCAAUAACGUGGUGUUCUCGCCCGAUGGGUCGCGUGUGGCGUCAGGCUCCGACGACAAGACCGUACGAGUGUGGGAUGUACAGACGGGCGAGUGCCAACAUACGCUCGAGGGGCACUCUGACUGGGUUAGAGACGUGGUGUUCUCGCCCGAUGGGUCGCGCGUUGUGUCAGGCUCUGAUGACAAUACGGUGCGAGUGUGGGAUCUGCAGACGGGCGCUGCGAUGCUGUGCUAUCAAACGGAUACCUACAGUAAUCAUGUUGAGUUCAGCGACAGUGGUUCGAAUAUCUUGAUCAAUGGGCAAGUCGUCACUAUUCCUCGAAAUUCACCACCAGCUACUGUCGCAGCGCUAUCAUCUAGCUCUAACUCGGUAUCCGAUGGCGAGUUGAGAAUCAUUGGUGACUGGAUCAUGUGGACUUCGCGCAGGAUAUUGUGGCUACCUCCCGAGUAUCGUCCCGGAUCGUGGGUAAGUAAAAGCGAUUCUUUGAUUAUAGGGAGCAGUAGUGGUCGUGUCAUUUUUGUGGAUCGCAACCGAGUCGCCCUGUAA